AUGGAUCCUGAUUACAAGGCCAAAUACGCUAUUCAUGAGGCUGUCCGGCAAGGGCAGACAUCCGUUGUCGAGUCUCUUCUCCAUGCAAAUCCCAAACUAGCAUUGCUAAAAGACCCCGAUGGCCGUCUCCCCAUCCACUGGGCGGUAGCAUACCACCACCUUCCACUGGUUGAGCUGCUCGUGGCAACAGACAAGUUUGAUCCCGAUGAAACGGACGCAUCUGGAUGGACCCCACUCAUGAUCGCCGCGAGCUUAAAAAACGAAGAAGGAGACCCGAUUAUUGAACUCCUGCUCCAGAAAGAGGCUGAUGUUAAUAUCAAAAGUACCGCUGGACAGAACGCCAUCCACUUCGCAACCUCAAAAAACAAUGUAUCCACCGUCCGCCUACUGCUAUCGCACAAAUGCAGCGCCAGAGUAAAGGAUAACCGUGGUCAGUUGGCCCUGCACCGCGCUGCCGCCAUUGGAUCAAUUCCUAUCUUAAAUAUGCUUAUUGAAGAGGGCAAAAGCCCGCUGAAUACGACGGACAUAGAUGGUGCGACUGCAUUACAUCACGCUGUUGCAGAGGGACAUGCGGAGGCAGCUCUUGUGUUGUUGCGAGCUGGUGCGGAGGUAGAUAAACGAGACAAUAAUGAAAAAUUGGCGAUUGAGCUGGCGCCUGACUCGAAGGUGCGGAAAUAUAUACUUGAAUGUGCCCAACGGGAAGGUAUUGAGCUUUCCGUAUAA